UCCUGCUACAACCUAUGAAGGGAAACUUUAGAUUGGAAAUCCCUCACUUAUACUGCUUCACAUUAUCAAUACGAUCCACAAAAACGGUUUUUUAUCACCUUCCAAGUGAUAAGACGAUAAGACGAAACGAAACUGUGUUUGGGUGCCGAAUUUGGUUGAACUCAGUAGCAUUUUGGGUUGCUUGCAUUUAGCGGCAAUGGGUCUUGUAGCACGUGCCGGUUUAGUUCUGCUUGGUAUAUUUAUCGCGCUUUGCUAUAGGCUCUACGAUCAAUUGUCCGAGACGCCACGUGUACCGAACAAUAUCGAAUUUUUCGAGUACUGGGGUCCGGAGGGUGGUGAUCCGUACGGGGACAGUUUGGAGGUAGUACCGUUUAACGUAUCGUAUCCACCGGAAAUAAUUGAACGAUUGCGAAAACAAUUAUACGAUGGUCCAUCGCUAACCGUCCCACUCGAAGAGACCGCAUUUCAGUACGGAUUCAAUAGUGAUCGUUUGCAGGAAAUCGUUCAGUACUGGCGUACCGACUAUUUGGACCGCUGGGAUGAACGGGAAGCGUACUUAAAUCGGUUUACGCACUUCAAAACCCAAAUUCAGGGACUGGACAUACACUUCAUACGCGACAAAUCCGAUACGGUCAUCAAUCCGAAGCGAAUCGUACCGUUGCUGAUGCUGCACGGUUGGCCCGGAUCAGUGCGUGAGUUCUACGAUGUUAUUCCAAUGCUAAGCAAUCGGACAAGCGACAAAGAAUACGUUUUCGAUGUGAUUGUACCGAGUUUGCCCGGGUACGGGUGGUCCCAGGGAUCAACGAAACCGGGUCUGAGUGCGUCCAAAGUGGCGGUCAUUAUGAAAAAUUUGAUGGCACGGUUAGGAUACAGAAGGUUUUACAUCCAGGGCGGAGAUUGGGGUGCCAUUAUAGGGAACUUGAUGGCCGUUCUGUUUGAGAAGGACAUUUUGGGUGUUCAUCUCAAUAUGUGUAUGGCAAGUCAAAGCCCUCUUACCAUUGGUAAAAUGGUCGUGUCGAGCCUGGUACCGAGUUAUUUCAUUGAAAAACAGCUUAUCGAAUUUUACCAUCCUACGUGGCCAAAAAUUGUGGAGUUAAUUCUUGAGGGAGGCUAUAUGCAUCUACAGGCUACCAAACCAGAUACGAUCGGUGCAGUACUUCAAAACAACCCAAUAGGACUAGCGGCUUACAUACUGGAAAAGUUUUCCACGUGGACCGACCCCUCCAACCGGGAUCUGAAAGAUGGUGGUCUUGAACGACACUUUUCGCUUGACGCUCUGCUAGAUAACGUGAUGAUCUAUUACCUUACCAAUAGUAUAACAACUUCCCAAAGAUUGUACGCAGAAUCGUUCAGUGCGGCAGAACUGGCGCUGGAGUACGAAAACAUUCCUACCAACGUUCCAGCGGCAUGUGCGAAAUUUCGCCAUGAACUGUUCCAAUAUCCAGAUUGGAUUCUGAAGGAACAUUUUACCAACUUAAUGCAGAGCAAUCACUACAGCAACGGAGGCCAUUUUGCCGCGUUGCAACUCCCGGAUGUGCUGUACAAGGAUAUCGUUCAAUUCGUGAACAGACUUUACGUGCGUUGAAGUUGAAGGGGUGAUAUGUGGUUAAUAAAAACUAAAACAUUGCUUACCGGAAACAUCGACAAACAUAA